AUGGCUUCGAUCGAGGACGAGAGCAACGAGGAGGAAUUCGCGAAUUUCAAGGUGCGCUUCAACGGGGAGGAGUUGCCUUUCAUCACCAUGCAGGCGCCCACUGCUCACAUCGACGACGGCAAGAGCAGGAAAGAGCUUCUCGCCGAUUCCACCAGCUUCUUCUACCAGUGGCUCUGCCUGGCGAAGCACGCGGACACCAACGAGGAUUCGGCGAUCGAGGUUUUGUCCGUGCCCCUGUUGCCACACCCCGUCCCUGGGCCGCAGGGGAGUGAUCCCUGUCUCGUCGGGGGCAGAUAUUGA